GCUACUUGGAUGGAACAAAGAAAGACUCGCUUCCUUCAGUCGUCCGUCGGCCAGCAAAGGUGGAAGUAGCUAGAAACUAGAAAAUAAAAAGCCAUACACCGUCCAGCAGCAGGAGGAGCAGAACCCUACUGGAGCCCCAAGACAUUUGGAUUUAAAAUUUGAGUUUUCCAUCCCCAGUUAGAGUGUGCUUCGACUGGGAGAACUUUUCUUUUCGAUUUGUGCAGAAUAUACCUAGUGUGAGCAGUCAUUUUCGGAUCCGAGGGAAAUGAGGAAUUACACUCGAGUCAGUCACCACGAAGUAAACGCGUAGAAAGUGUUUGUGUGUUUUGAUUGCGAAACAGUCUAUGGUGCGUGAUUUUCCGAGCUGAACGCUGAAAGGGGAAACCUCUGAAAAUAGGCAAAGUGAGUGCGAGAUUUUCCUGUUUGUUAGAAAAGGUUUCCAGCUAAGGGCGACCUAGGGGAAACCGAGUACGGAUUGAGGGUAAAGCGCAGUGAUCCGAUUAAUUUUUUUUGUAAAAUAUUAUUCUAAAGUUAUUUUUAAGUUUCUGUAAGUGAUUCACUACUCGUCAGGAGGGAAAAGAAGUGAUUUUCCUCGACGAAAGGGAGCCAAUCAUCGGUUGAUGGUGUAAAAUAAGAAAAGAAUAGUAGAAUCAAGUGCACAGUGUGUUGAUCGUUUCUACGAACACAAUCACACAGCCCAGACAAUCAGUGUUGGGUUGGUGUUAUUUUGCUUUACAUUCAUGCACACCGACCCGUGGAAAGAGCAAAGCGUGGAAAGUUUCUUCAAUAAAUAAAUAAAAAAAACAAAACAAGUGAGCUAACGUGAAACAAAACCAGAGGCAGCUGAGUCGGGUUGGCCAGCAAAAAAUCGAACAGCUGAGAAACCUUGAAAUUAAAUUCGUCGGUGUGUCCGGGUGGGUGAAGCACACAGAAGAAGAAUCAGCGAAAAACAGACGGAAGAAGCGUGACAGAGAAGAAGAAAAAGAAGAAGACCCAACUGGACGAACGGGGUACCAGCAGCGAUCAGAUUAGCCGCAGCCAUGCCGUGGUACGCUCCGUGGUCAAAUGUGAUCAAGAAGAAAGUGUGUCGCUUCCUGCUGCAGCGAUACCUCGGCCAGUUCAUCGAGGAAAAGCUCAGCUUGGACCAGCUGAAUGUGGACUUCUACAAUGGCACCGGGACGGUGUACGACGUGACGCUGUACUGCCAGGCACUAAAUGAUAUCUGUGAAGGACAAGGUUGGGGAAUAGAGGUAAUCUGCGGGCACAUCGGUGCGGUAAGUGUCAACAUUCCCUACGAAGCUCCGCUAGCCAAGGACAGCUCAAUAGAGGUAACCAACUUGUCAAUCAGCCUCCGGCCGAUAGCCCGAGUUACCGAUGGCACAUCUAUGUUCGAGUCAAUGUGGUCCUCGAUGUCCAGCUCGAUGCAGCUGGCCCAGGAAUGCCUGGAACGGGAAGGCGGCUGCGCUGAGUCUCCCACUGCCGCCCCCACCAACACAAUCGAAGGACUGGAGAAGUUUGCACAAAUCAUCGACAACGUGUUGAACCGAAUAAAGGCCCGACUGGUCAAUACGGAAAUACGCCUGGAAUACCUGCCACCAGACAGUGACUGCGGGGUCGCUCUUAUAGUCAAAAUCAAGAGCAUCGAUUACCAGAACGAAGCCGGCAACGAUCCACCCGACCGCCAGUCGGAUACCGGCAGCGAAGACGGUAGCCAGCCUGAGCAAAGGCCGAAACAGAAAUCUUUCCUCAUUUCCACACAUGCCACACAUCACAUCAGCAUGGAAGGUAUCACAUUCUACACGGAGGAAUUCCGGAUACACAAUCCACGGCAACAGCAGCAGCGACGACGACAGCAACAACAACGACCGGACUCCUCCACCGAUAAUCGGGACAGCAUAAUUGCCGGCGAGCAGUUUCUUAGCACGAUAUCGGAUUUUCCGGAUCCGGCGGCGACGGUGGCAGGCGGUGGCAAUGAGUUCUUUAGUUAUACAAGCGCUUGUGAUAGUAGUAGUAGUCAUAGUUAUAAACGUACUGACAGUAGAGGAAGUACCGGCGGAGCACCCUCCGAGGGAGAAGAAGACGACGGGGACGGCGAUUACGGGGAAUGUAUCCGUUCGGGGGAGAUCCUGGCAGGGAAGGUUACAUCGAAGCAGGAAAUUCGGAUAAAGAUGAAACAAGCGGACAAUUUGAGUGGACCGAAUGUGGAGCUGGAAAUGUCUUUAGGUUGCUUUCAGCUAUUCUUAUCUCCCCGACAGUUGCACUCGAUUGUCCUACUGAGUGAUACAAUGCUCGGAUUGAAUGAGAUACCAGGUCCGGCCAAGUGUUCUCGGCCCGAUUUGACACCCAAAGAGCAACGAUACGAAGAAACGGAGUUCGAUUUGAAGCACAAUAUGAACCGGAUGAGCGGUGGCAUCGGCCUGAACCAGGGAUGGUCUUUGGCAGAUCCGAUGCAAGACAUGAUUAAGGAGCAAGCCGAAUUCUUGGACAGUGAUUUCCGAGACGAUGGUGGCGUUUCGGAAAUGAUAGAAUCGUCAAACAGUUCCAUGACAAGCUCGUUUACAUCAUCCAGUAUGGCUUCCAGGACAACGUCCGCCAGCAGAAGAAGAAUGAUCGAUCCGGAUGCGGAUGCAGAUAUUUCCAAGUUUAACGUGAGGGUUGCAGCAAUAGCUUUGGUGCUCUUGCACGAAGAUCUACUUGUGGAGAGCAGUCAAUCCAGUGCCAACGAAUCGCCUCUGAGUGAAGCAAGCGUUCAGAAACUCCAAGCUAAGUCGGAGCAAUUCUUCCGCUCGGUGGGAAACCUAGGGCUUGGCCUAGGUGCUAACGAUAUUCUAAAUGCGGGGCUCAUCAUGGAUUCGGGUUGUGAUAAUAGUCAUUUGCGAUUGCUUCUAGCGCCAAUCAUCAUAGAAGGAGACGAACAACGAAAUCGACUUGGAUCUUUGUUACGAUUUUCCAUAUCCAUCGCCCGUGCCGAUCUCCGAGAGGUCCUGACAGACGUUUCAGUUCCCCUUCUAGAGUUCUAUCGAGAAAAAAGUUCUAGUGCACUGCCAAAGCGUCCCGAAAUAUCUGUGCGUUUCAAGCAGACUUGCAACGCCUUUAAGGGCUCUAGUGGGAAGCGAUUCACUCCUCCCAGAACGGAAAUCCGAUUCUCGCUUGCGCCGUUCCUGACUGAAUUCGACAUCACUAUUCUGGACCGUUUGAGUUCCUUAAUCUACCAGUUCCCAUUCGCUUCCUACUACAAUCAGACCACUCCAGUGAAUUCUCCUGCAUCGCCAACGUACGCGAGAAACAGCCGGAAGAUGGAACUCAAAACUGAACUGUAUCUUGACUCACCUGCCAUUGAUUUUCGGUUACGAUUUCCGAUUCCAGAUCUUAGGCCCAUCCAUGAUCCGCAACGUGUUCCCUGGUGGCGCCGCAAUAUCCGGCCUGACUUUAUACUGGUAAAGUUGCAACAGGCCCGCGUCACCAUAGCCUUGAACCCGCAUCCUCUCUAUGACAUCUCGGCUAACGAGAUUCAGCUCUUCUAUCACGAGAGUGAACUGAAAAGCGAUAGUGUACAUAUAGGCAAAGCUGUGAUGACAGAUAAUAUAGGUAGUAAGUAUAGCCCUAGCCAUGGUGGCCGGAAGUCUGAGGCAUCGCAACCGGCAGGUGUUGAAUAUCCGAGGAUAAAGAUUGAGAUUCCUAGUGAAGCGGCGAUCCAAAAGCUCCAGGAGUCGAACACGCAACCAAAAUCGAGCCAACACAGUCGGACCAUGAACUGCGAAGAAAGUGACAGUGAUCCGACAUCUGGCGAGAGCUUCGGUGUCAAAACGGGACGGAGCAAAGAGGACACGCCAUUUAGUGCGAAGCGUGUAUGUCGGGAAAGUGAUACUCCGCACAUGAAAGCCUCGGCUGAUGAUCCAGAAACGCUUACACUGCCUGGCGAUUCGGAGGAGCUAGAUACUUUCUGUUCAACGGCGAUGAAGUUGAGCAAGCUGCAGAUUCGGAUCGACCUGCCGGUUGUUAGUUUGCAGCUGAGAUCUAAGCAUCUCUACGAGGUAAUCUACAAUCGUAUCAGUACGGAUCUGCUGCUGUGGGUACCGAGUGCUCCGGCGGCAACGGCUGCUGCGGAAACUAGUGCCAAUUUGAGUGCCUCUAGGGUGGCAUUCCAGGAGCCGCAGAUCAACCUGGCCAACAUGGGAAUGAUGGAUAGCAUCUAUGCUCCGUUCACGAUGUGUCAAAGCGCUAUCCAACUUGAUUCUAGCUCAUCGGCAACCAAUUCAGAAUCGGAAUCGGACUCGGACGGAAUAUUCUACUCGGUGUACGAUAGGAGUUGUAGGCGUCUUCCUGGUGAUGGCAGCGCAAGUGGGGCUGGCAAUGAUCAGCGGAAGUCACACCACUCGACGCAGCAGCACGGCGGUAGUCGUCGCCAUCAGCAGCAGCAUCGGAAAGCGUCGUUUGUCGACAGGAGUAAUGCCGUAUCGUUUCAACUGAACAUUGGACAAGGCAUGCUGACGAUGUUUGCUCCCGUGCGGGACGCCCAAAAUCACGUCAUACCGGGCCAGCUUGGCGAAUUUAUCAUGAAAAUCCAAUCGACGUAUGUAUUUUCGGUGAGUGGCUUCCACGGGAACACCAACCUUGGGUAUCUUUGCAUUCAGGGCAAAGCAGCUGACGUCUAUCAUUGUGGCCUCAUCCCAACCCCGGCAAAUAAUCCUCCGUUGCGAUUGGUGAACAGUGUACUUCCGGCGUACAUCCUCAGCACGCUCUAUCCUACGCCGAAGAAUCUAACCGUGAACGAGCAGCGUGGUUGUCCCAAUCGGGAAAUGCUUUCGCUAGCAAUUCAGAUAAAAGCCAUCCCUGAGCAGAGCAUCAAGCGGAUCCGUAUGGCAGCGGGAGUUCAACUGACGACUCUACGGCACCAUUCUACUCUUCCGCAGCACUCGUGGCUAACGCAACUGUUGGAUAUGUUCGACGUGGUGGACUAUCCGGUACAGGGCUAUACUCCGCUGGGUGUGAUAACCGAGAUGCAUCUGCACCUGUGGGACUGUGCGAUCGACUAUCGUCCGCUGUAUUUCCCUUACCGAGCGGUGAUCACGGUUGGAUCAUUCAUGAUUAGCAGUAAUAUAACUACGGAGAGCUCGGGGUUGACGUUGAGGUUUAUCGCCGAAGAUGCUACACUGUGUCUGGCGCCGCAAACUGUCUCGCUUCCCAACAUCGGUGGUGAGAAGGAGCCACAAAGGAAAAGCAGCAGUGCGAGUGCUAGAGAGGACAAUAGGGUGACGGUAUUGCCUUCCAAUGAACUGGUUUGCCUUGUUGAACUUGGAUUAUUUGAGAUUUCCUUGCGUUUGAAUGAGAAAGCCACUGGUUCUUUUCCCAAAUUUGACCUGAGGACUGCCAUAAACGAUGUUCAUGUGCGAACUUGCGCCGAUUCAGGCCGAGCACUGGCUCAGAUGAUUGGAUACCUUGCGGCGGAAGGUGACCUGUUGCCGCAGGACGAUGGAGCGAGUGAUGUUGGGGACAACGAAAGCGUGUGUGGCUUACCAAUGGGCAAUGAAUUGGAAGGUGAUUUGGUUCCGGUGAAACCUGCCCAAGCACCGGAAGUGACGCCUAAACAGCAACAACGAGUAAAUUCAUUGAUGGCCGAAGCGAUGGAGGAAAGUUUGUCACUGCAGAGCACUAACAGCGACUUAUCGCGGGAUGAUCAGCUACUGGCCGACGGAGAAGGGGUGGAGGUAUUUUUCUUCCCGGACGAAGAUCAAACUCGAGCGGCUGCGCGGAAAAAGUUAAUCAACAAUCUUGUUUCGGACAACAGCAAUAAACGGCGAUUUGCUUCGGAUGAUGAUUCCUUGAGCAUAGAAGAAGGCUCAAGCAUACCUUCUUCGUAUCAGGACGAUGAUCACUAUCUGAAACAGAGACCGUUCGACGAACAGUCAGAAGAUACGGCAAGCGUUAACACGGAAAUGCGAGAGUUGCUUAACUUCGAAUGUUCCGUUAUGGGAUUGCAGAAGGAACAUGACGACGAUGAUGAAGUGGUUGAAGCUCUUCCCCAGGUAACGAUGGAUCUAGGUGAUGUCAAUAAAUUUGGAGGAUCUUCGACGAAGCUUGAAUCGACAAUAGAAAACAGUCCUCAUCGGAAGGUCAGUUCCGACACAGAUGAUGAUUUCUGCUUUAUUGCUGAUGAAGAAAAACCACACUGUGGUAAUCAGGAAGUACCCGUCCUAGAGGAUCCUAUUCGCAUAAUCGAUAAUCACUUCAGUGUUCCUAUGGGCAAACCUGAUCUACUGUUAGCACCCAAAGGCUUCCCCAUGGCAGUUACGCGGUACACCAUAUGCGAAAUGUCGGUCACAUGGCAUCUUUAUGGAGGCCAUGAUUUUCUAACGGAGGAAGACAAAAGAAAACCUAAAGCAAAACAAUCACAUUCGGAACAUAGCUUCGCACAUUUACCGAUGUCCGAAGCGUACAAAAGUGGUGUAAGUUAUUCGAAAGGAUCUCCCUCGGUAACCUUCGGUCCGACAUCAGCUCAGAAACUUACCUGGAAAAGCCGCGGUGGGCCCGAACGGAGGCACGAUGUCAUGAUGGAAGUACAGAUAAACAAAGUAAAGUUUUCGCACGAGGUGUACCCACCAAACACGGAGCAGGCCUCCCGGCAGGUACUUCUCAUAACGGAGCUGGAAAUUUGGGAUCGGCUAGCGAUAUCGGACAUUAAGAAAUUCCUAUAUCAAACCAGCAUUCAUCGACCACACAAAGGCAAUAAUCACAUGAUAGUCAUCAAAGCUCUCCACCUUCGCCCGAAUCCCGUUCUUCCUGCGCAGGAAUGUUGUCUGAGGAUUUCUAUCCUUCCUAUCCGACUGAACAUCGAUCAGGAUUCGCUUCUCUUCAUGGUAAACUUCUUCAACCAACUUGGCGGCGGAGACGAUCUGAUCGAUCCGGCAAUGCAGUAUCAACACAACACUGCUACUCGAGCAAGUCAAUCAACGCCCUCACAUCAACCUCCGGUGAUGAUGGUGGAGCUUCCGGAAGCAGCCCAGGAACUACAAGCCCGAAAAAUGGUAUCCGAAAACCUGAUGCUGCUGAUAGAGGAAGAGGAGAAGAACAAGGAACACCAGGAAACAACCAGCGAGGUGGGUGACGAAUCGCCUCCCAUAUAUUUCCGAAACGUUAUUUUUGGGCCAGAUGUUCCGAUUCGUAUUGAUUAUCAUGGCAAACGUGUAGAACUGUCGCGUGGACCGCUGGCCGGACUGCUGAUGGGACUCGGACAGCUGCAGUGUUCGGAGAUUCGACUGAAGAAAAUUUCCUACCGCCAUGGACUGUUGGGCGUGGAUCGUCUGAUUUCGUUCCUACUGCAGGAGUGGCUGCAGGACAUCAAGAAGAAACAGCUACCAAAAAUCCUUGGGGGCGUUGGACCGAUGUAUUCGCUUGUUCAGCUAUUCCAAGGCAUUUGGGAUCUGUUCUGGUUGCCGAUCGAGCAGUAUCAGAAGGACGGGCGCAUUGUACGUGGUCUCCAGAGAGGAGCUCAGAGUUUUACUGCACGGACAGCGCUAGCGGCGUUGGAAAUUACCACUAGAAUAAUUCAUUUACUUCAGAUAACGGCUGAAACGGCAUACGAUAUGGUUUCGCCCGGACCGUCGGUGCGUCGUGGGCGUGGAAAUAAGAAAGGAAAGCGGAAACGACUACACCCGCCACAGGACAUUCGCGAGGGGAUGACCAAUGCCAUACAGAUUGUGAGAGACGGCAUCAGCGAAACGGCACACAAUUUGGUCGAGCUGACGGCACUCGAGCAUGACCAGAAGGGCUACACCGGUGCCGUUGGAGCGGUAAUGCGUCAAAUUCCGCCUAUGGUUAUGCAACCGAUUGUGCUGGCCACCCAAGCCACCAGCAACGUGCUCGGCGGUGUGAAGAACCAACUUGUGCCAGAUGCCCGUGCCGAAGCCCGUGAAAAAUACAAGGAUGAUGUAGAAUAGAGAAGAACGGUGGCCAUUUGUAUCGUAUGACUUCAUCUUCUUCUUCUUCUUGAUCCAUCAGUUGAUGCUUUAUUUUACGCAACUUUGACACUAAUGUUAGUCUUUUGUGAUCUAAUCAAAACCCACUGUUUAGAAAUAGGUUCAAUGUUUAUGACUAUUCAUAUUUUAAGGUGAAUUGAUUCUACACGAUUAGGAGCAACUUAUCCGAUUUUUAGCAAAACGAAGAAAAUCAUGUGAUAAACAGUAAUGUAAACAAUAUGCUAGAGCAGCUAUAUACUGUGACCGUGUGCCGUUAGGUACGCAAUAAACGAACCGCAUUGAAUUCAAUAGCAACCCUUUUUCGGAAGCAGUUUUACGACAGAUUGAGGAAGGUUUUUCAUCGAACGUUAAAAAAAAAAGUCGCACGAAUUAGUAAUUCGGUAUGAUAUGAUAGAUGGUUAAUCUCUCUAAAAGCUAAUAGUUGAAUAAGAAUCGUUCAUUCUGCUACUAAAGAGUUCCAUCUUUCGUCUCUAGUUUUAUUGUAUUGAACAAAAAUUAAGAAUAUCCAUAUUUCUAUGAAACUAAGAUUAAAAUAUAUCCUCUCAACAAUGCUAAUCGGACCGUAUCGAAAAUGAUAGAAAGUGGGCAGUUUUCGUGUGUGACGGUAUGAUAGGAAAAUUUGGAAUGUUUCUUCUGUCAGUCAUUUAUUGAAGAACAUUUUUAAGAUGAGCGAAACCACGUGCUAGGCAUAAUUUAACACUAGAGAGCAAUGAUUGUGAGUGAACGCGGACGAAAUGAUUCGUAUCAUAUAAAACUAAAUUCAACAUCAGUUGAGAAACGGUCGAAGCAACAUAAAUACACCACCAGAGUGUGAUUAGUACUUCGGAUUCCUGUUGUCCUUUUCAUUUAA